GCCACCCACGCCCAUGUAAGUGUCACGCUAUCGCACGCAAACUGACGCAGACUUUCACGUUUUAUUAACCCGGACACACUCAAAAUAUAAGACGCCACCACAAUGCCCCCCAAGGACCCAGAGGUGGAGAAGCUGAAGAAGGAGCUGCAGGAUGCCAUCGCCAAAGUACAGGCUGACCAGAAGACCAAGGCUGAUACCACCAUGGAGAGCGCCCUGGGUGAUCUGGCUGAUAUGCCCCGCUCUCGCCCCUCCUGCAAGAAGAUGUGCAAAGGUCACCUCAAUAAAGUGAACAGCGUGCACUUCAGCGGCGACAGCAGGCACCUGGUCUCUGGGUCCCUGGACGGCAAACUGAUCAUCUGGGACAUCUACACAGGCAACAAGACUCAGAUUAUCCCGCUCAUGUCCUCCUGGGUCAUGUCUGUUGCCUUCUCGUCAUCUGGAAACUUUGUGGCGAGUGGCGGGAUGGACAACCAGUGCACUAUUCACGACAUCAACAACAGAGACUCGACCGGCGCCGCUAAGGUAGCCAGAGAGCUGGUUGGCUACGAAGGAUUCCUCUCAUCCAUUCGCUUCCUUGACGACAGCAACAUCAUUACUGGCUCUGGUGACAUGAAGGUCAUUCACUGGGAUUUCAACACGGGCAAGAAAGUGACUGAGUUUUUCGGCCACUCUGGAGACGUGGCCACGAUGAGUCUCGCCCCGGACAACAACUGCUUUGUGACUGGUUCUGUUGACCGCACUAUGAAGCUCUGGGACGUGCGGGACCCUGACACUUGCAAGCAGACCUUUUGGGGCCAUACUAGUGAUGUCAAUUCUGUUUAUUUCCACCCCUCCGGUCACGCUAUUGGGACAGGCUCUGAGGACAAGACAGCUCGGCUCUGGGAUAUACGAAGUGACCAACAGGUGGCAGAAUACAAGCCACCCACUGCUAACUCCGGCUUCACCUCCUGCGUUCUAAGUGCUUCAGGGAGAGUCAUUCUGUGUGGUUCUGAUGACAACACCAUCCACUACUGGGAUACCAUGAAGGGCUCACAUCAAGGGCAACUUCAGGGCCACGAGAACCGCAUUACGUCCCUCGCCAUGUCAGGAAACGGUGUCGCUUUCGCCUCUUGCUCCUGGGACAUGAACGUAAGGGUGUGGGGAGCGUAAACGUGGCCCUCAAACUCAACCUUAUCGGAAGAAUAGCUAAGGUGAAGAGUUUAGUUGAGUUACUCCUUGAAAUUAUUUGUUUGUGUUCGUUUUCUUUGAUUCUGUGUUUGUGGCUCGUUUUUUUUUUUUUUUUAAGUGUUCUUGUGUGUUUUUUUUGUUGGUUUUGUUCAUUUAUAUUUUGUUGAAGUGUUUUGU